AUGCGAGUCCAAUUACUUCAGGUCGCCCUGCUAUUUACGGCUGUCUAUGGCCAGAUCAGUUCUCAGAUCACAACAUAUGACCUGAGUUUCGAUGGCGCAGCUGCCGUGAGCCUGCUUUGGGGCUUAGACGCUGAGCCGACUUCAACUUAUAACUUUUAUCUUUGCGCCGGUGACGAGACGACAGGUUCAUAUGACACUCUAUCGCAAGUCAUCAGCAAUGGUGCUUAUGCUCCUGGUGACACGGUGUCAUUUCAAGUCGACCAAAACGUCGGUGGAAAUGAACCCAAUGCAUACUUCCUCAAGAUAGUUUUGUCAGGCCCUCAUGAUUACUGGUCCGGGUUCACGUCCCAUUUCACUUUGACCAACAUGAAAGGUACCUUCUCGACCAAAGUAAUGAAUGCGAUCAAGACAAUGCAGCCGAUUCCCGCCGUCGCUAUUCCCUGGCCUGCGGGUGAAGACGACGAUCGACUCAUUGAGGCAGAUCUCAUUUCAACUUUCAACAUCUCGAGUCUCACCAAGAGUUCCUCAACUGAAACGGCCUUGCAGUUCCCAAUCCCAACCGUCAAAGGCCAAGCCGAGCACAAUGAACUGCGCAAGCGACAGGUGGCUGCUGUCGCCGGCGUUGGCGCUGGUGCCGUUGCUGCAAUUGACCAGCAUACUGUCCCAUACGGCGAGCAGACUGGCUCGAUCAAAUAUGCCCCAAUGCCAAAGAGCGCUGGGACUACUGUCGCAAGCAGAUCGGCCACUCCUCAAUAUCCGCCUUUCCCGUUCUCCAUUGCGACUAGCUACCUAGGUGCGCCAACCGUCCAGUAUACGGAUACAGCAUUUGCGACAUGGACGGCGAACACCAUCGAGAACACGGUGAGUCUGAUUCUUGAAUGCUUGUCAGUUGGAAUUGAAAUCUGA